AUGGCCGACUCACAAAAGAUCGCAAAGAUUCUGGUCGAAAGCAUCUACAAUGCUGGAGUUCGAGUCGUCUUUGGCAUUCCUGGCGCAAAGAUCGAUGCCAUAUUCGAUACGCUCUCGGACCAUCCGGAGAUCAAGUUGAUCAUCUGCAGGCAUGAACAGAACGCGGCCUUCAUGGCUCAAGCAGUCGGCCGUAUCACGGGCAUACCAGGAGUUGCCAUCGCCACCUCUGGUCCAGGCGCCGGGAACCUCACUACAGGCCUAGUCACUGCAACGACCGAAGGAGACCCAGUAGUAGCUCUGGUAGGCUCCGUACCGCGACUGCUCAACACCAAGCAUACGCAUCAGUCUAUGAGGGCACUGGAUAUCCUCAGUCCGACGGCGAAGUCGGCAGCGAGCAUCGAUGUCGAAGACCAGGCGGCUGAGGUGAUACUGGCAGCUUUCCGGACGGCGAACUCGAAUCCCAAGGGCAGCGCUGUCAUCUCCAUACCAAUGGAUGUUGCAUCAGGAAGCUCGAAGAUCACUGCAUUCGAUCCACCAGCCUUUCAUGGACCACUGUUUGGCCCUUCUCAAAAGGAGGAUGUGCAGAAGGUUGCGAAGAUGAUUGACAAUGCAAAGCUUCCGGUUCUCUUCCUUGGCCAGAGAGCCAGCAGUCCUAGAAUCGUGGCAGCUGUGCGUUCAGUGCUCAAGAGACAUCCCUUCGCCGUAGUAGAGACCUUCCAGGCCGCAGGUGCGAUACCAGAAGAUCUGGCGAAGCAUGUCUUCUUCGGCAGGGUUGGACUCUUCCGCAACCAGACCGGCGAUAGACUACUUCAGCAGUCGGAUUUGGUACUCACCCUUGGCUACGAUCCUACAGAGUACGACGCCAGUUCUUGGAACCCGAACGGAAAGCUGAACAUUAUCCACAUCGACUUCACUUCUUGUGACUACGGGGCGUACUAUCAUCCGAACAUGGAGCUACUUGGUUCCGUACGGGAGAACAUCCUGGCCAUCUCCGAGGCAGUCACGCAUGUCACAGACCCAGCACAAGACGAGUUCUGCCAGGGCUUGAGCAGAGAGCUCAUCUCAUGGCAAAAAGAUCUCGACAAGACUACCGGCGAGAAGAGCCUGGUGCAUCCCUUACGCUUCGUUUCGGCAUUGCAGAAACGAGUGUCAAAAGACACAACAGUGACCUGCGAUGUCGGAACCGUCUACAUAUACAUGAUGCGCUACUUCUUCGCCUACGAGCCACGAAAGCUCUUAUGCUCGAACGGCCAACAGACCCUCGGUGUCGGAAUGCCGUGGGCUAUAGCGGCAUCGCUUGUUCAAGACCCACCCUGCUCGGAGAAGGUCGUCUCCCUGAGCGGCGACGGCGGCUUCAUGUUCUCAGCACAAGAGCUCUCAACGGCUGUUCAGCAAGGCUGCAACAUCACGCACUUCAUCUGGAAUGAUGAGCACUACAACAUGGUGGAGUUCCAGGAGGAGAUGAAGUAUGGGCGGAGCAGUGGCAUCUCGCUCGGUGGCGUCGACUUUGUCAAGUUUGCCGAGGCCUUUGGCGGUAAGGGCUUCAGGAUCCAUGAUAACUCCGAAGUCGAGUCGGUGAUGGAGCAGGCUCUGGCGCACAAGGGGUUGAGUCUGGUGGAUGUGAGGAUUGAUUAUAGUCAUGCUAAAAAUUUAGCUGGCAAUCUCAUCCAGGACUCCGUGGGUUGA